UUGAAGGGUCUUCAGUCAUUUCUUUGUUUCUUCUUGUCGUGCUUCUACAACUACUCCUCCUAUCUACGAUCUACUCAGUUGUGUUUCGAAUGCUCAGCUCGGUACGCAAUCGCCUGGCGCCGAGCGUCGUGGCAGUGCUUGCCGCUGUUCUGCUCUGCUGUCGCGCCACUACAGCGGUUUCCUACACCCCGGCCGACCAGCAGCCGACGCGCUUCAUGCACAUCGACCUCAACGGAGCUGCUGCUGGUGGUGCUGAUGCUUAUGCUGAUAACGCUGUGCCGUACCGCGGCGUCUGCCUGGGUGGCUGGUUUGUGCUGGAGCCGUGGAUUGUCCCGUCCUUGUUCAACCCACACAUCAACGGCACCUUCAACAACCACUCGGUCUGGGACGAGUACUCGCUCGUCAACUACAUUGGCAUGAAGGACGCAACUCCAAUGAUGCUCGAGCACUGGGACACCUGGAUUACCGAGGCUGAUAUUGCCGAAGUCGCCCAAGCAGGCAUCACCGACGUCCGUCUUCCGGUCGGGUACUGGAUGCUCAACCCGCUCCCCAACGAGACGUGGGUUCCUGGUGAAACAUACUUUUUCGAUCGAUUCCUCGGGUGGGCUCGCAAGUACAAUAUUCGCGUGCUGCUUGAUUUGCACGGCGCCCCAGGGAGCCAAAAUGGCCAAGAUCACUCUGGCCACCGCGGGCCGCUCGACUGGGACACGGAUUUGACCGUCCAGACACUCAAAAUGUUCAUUCUGUACAUUCGCGACCACGGCUUUACGGACGUCAUUCACGCCAUUGAGCUCGUGAACGAGCCGUGGUGGUCGGUGGAUCCGAAGAUUGUUCAAGACUUUUAUGUGAAUGCUUACUCUGCGAUUCGUCAGAGCAGCCCCUCGUUCACCAAUACGCUCAACAUUGUCUUCCACGACAACUUCAACAUGAAUGCUUGGGGUGGCAUCAUGGAGCCUCCGGCAUACACCAACCUGUUCCAGGACUCGCAUCAGUACCACUGCUUUGAUAACAGUCUGCUGGCUAUGGAUUACGCUGGCCAUUUGAACUAUACUUGCAACAACACCCGUCCAGCCAUUGUGACGGCGAACAAGUACCAUCCCACGUUCAUGGGUGAAUGGUCCCUGGCCACCACCGACUGCCCGCAGUGGGCCAAUGGAUUUUUGAAUGGAAAUCGCUGGGAGGGAACGCUCAGCCCUGGCGAUCCGGUCUUUGGCAAGUGCACCGGCAACUUUGGCACCGAUGUCACCCAAUUCACGCCAGACUACCGCGCCUUCCUGCGCCAGUUUACCGAGAUGCAGAUGGAUGCCUACGAGGCUGCUUCCGGCUGGUACUUUUGGACCCUCAAGACGGAAUCGGCGCCGCAAUGGGACUUUUUGAUGGGUCUUCGCGAGGGCUGGAUUCCCAAUCCUGUCACCAAGCGCGAGUACCACUGCUAACGCUGCUGCUGUUGCUGCUGUUGAUUGAAUGAGUGAGUGCAUUGUGCUAGAAUGCAACGCUCGAAUGAAUUUUCAAUGCAGCGUAGAAUUAUUCGGU